UUCCAAGGUGUUUGGCUCUUUAGCAGCUUCAGAUAGCACUUAUGUCACUAUAGUCAAGUUGCCUCAAGGUAUACAAUCUCUGGCCGACCAACAAGCCAAACCCCAAAAUCCACCAAUCCCAGUUGGGACUUUGAUUCAAUCUACUCGAAUUGCCUGCAUUGUCGAUGCCUAUACCCAAACACUUAACGAUAUCAUAAAGAGGUAUGAUGCGAACACUCUACCCUGGGGUCACGCGAUUAUUUCGAGCGCCGUUUCAACCCAGUUGUCAGCAAUGCCACCAGGAGAUCUCUGGUAUGGCGUUUGGUACAAGGAAAUCCAGAAAAUCUUGUCUAUUGGAGGUAUUGUGGUUCAGAGUGGAGGAAAUACAGCGGCACAACAAAGUGGAAUAUCCUCAAUCCCAGCAUUAUGGAGAGACCGUAAAGCCGCUCCGAUCAUGGUUGUUGGAGCCACCGACAACUUUGGCGUCAGAACCUACUUUUCAAACUGGGGAACACCAGCGAAUUUUCCAGGAACUGGCAUUGAUGUCUAUGCACCAGGGCUUGCAAUAACAGUCGAUGUGGCGAAUGGGGGUUCUGCGGUAAAAAAGGGGACAUCAUUUGCUACUUCGUUUGUUGCAGGUCUCAUUGCAUACUUCUUGAAUGUCGACGGCCACCGUGCAGCUAUUGAGGAGAGCUAUGCGAACAGACAAAAAGCCGACUAUUCAGAUUAUUUCAAUUGGCAAAGGGUGGUUACAGAUUAUGUCACUACUUGGGCAUACCCGAGAAGCACCAACCCAGAUCCCACAGUCCGUAUGGUCUACAACGGUGCUAUUCCUAAAGGAUCCAAUGCAGGUUUUGUUUGCCCUGCUGCUCUUAACUAUCCACUGGUCAAACGUGGGGGGACAAAUAUGGCACCAAACAGUUGUGGACCUCCAAUCGAUCCUCAGUCGAGUGCUACAAACACCGCCAUUAGUAGCAAGAGUGUUGCGCCAACUACUCUGUUGACGACUACUAGGAAGUCUUCAAGCUCAAAUCCUGCUACAACUAGUCAUCCACCACCGACUUCAACUCCACGUCCUGCCUUGAGUAAAGGAUCUAGUCUAACUCCUCUACCACCAAAAUCUUCAACUUCACAAGCUUCGCAGAUCUCAAACAAGAUAUUUCCGACCCAUCCAUCAUCGGAGAAUAGUUUACUCCCGACCAACCCACCACCAAUCACUUCAGCCCAUCAACCCUCACUCACCUUGACGCAUCAUGCUUCUUCGAGUGGAACAUCCAGUAAGAUCUAUCCAAUCACGAGCAAGAGUCCCGUACCGAGUACAACCAAGCAUCAAAUAGCUCCUCCUCCGCCCAUCUGUGGGAGAGACAUCCAAGGACGCAUGGUGUGCCACUAAGUAGCCCUUUGGAUACGACCCAAACUUUUUGAAGAUGGGGCGAACUUGGCAUUUUCAAAGUUUCCAAAUUUUGGCC